AUGCCGCCUUUACAUAAAAUCACUGGGCGACUUCCCAUUCGAUCCCUCAUCACGCCAUCGUCAAAAACGUCCGGCCGACAAUUAUUACCAUCAGUUAUCUACAGCAGAAACUAUUCCGAUGCAAACUUCGAAUCCUCAACCACAGUAAAGGAUGAGGCUCAAAGGCUCGAUUACAAGUCUUCUGACAAGGUCAAACCUAAGAAAAAGACUCAAGCUGAGCUCGACGCGGAAGUGAUGGCAAAGCUGGCAGGCCAUGACAGUGAGGGAGGAGAAGCCGGUAUCGAAUACGAAGAUGGGAAGCCAGCCUCGAUGAAAAGGAGUGUGAAGAACAACAUUUUCCACAAGACAUUACACCCAUGA